GGCUGGUGCUGUCGCGUAUUCGAUUUCAGUUUACUCCCAGACCCACGACGUGCGGGUUGACUAGACUAACUGCCAGACCUCCAAAGCUAAACCAACCCCGGCACGCACACUUCCAAGCGAACUCGAAACCUAUUGCACCUGCACAUAUUCGACAUAUUCGCCGCCGCGCUCUAAUCAAUUCUAAGUAAAUAAAUCAAAGUUUGAAAGUACAGGCAAAGUCAACGCUCCAUCAUGUCGGCGAAAGCAAUCACGGAGGCCUCCGGCAAGGACAUCCUGAACCGCCAUCUCAAUGCCCACGGCGCCGGCGCGGCCACCUGCCGCUUUGCUACAGUAAACUCCACGACAGACUGGUCCAAGCUGGCCGUCGACCAGCCCUGGCUGCUGACCACGCCGCUUGUGGUCAAGCCCGAUCAAUUGAUCAAGCGUCGAGGAAAGCUGGGUCUGAUUGGCGUCAAGAAAAACUUCGAGCAGGUUAAGCAGUGGAUUGGCGAGCGUCUCAACAAGGACCAGAAGAUCGGCAAUGCCGUGGGCAAGCUGCGUAACUUCAUCAUCGAGCCUUUUGUGCCGCAUACGGAUGCUGAGGAGAUGUACGUGUGCAUUUACUCACAUCGCGCAGCCGACACCAUCCUGUUUUAUCACCAGGGAGGCGUUGAUAUUGGCGAUGUGGAUGCCAAGGCCGUGAAACUGGAUGUGCCUGUGAACUCUACACUGUCGCUGGCCGACGUCAAGAGCAAGCUGUUGAAGGAAGUCAAGGAUGCUGGCACCAAGGAGCGCAUUGCCAAGUUCAUCAGCGCUCUGUACACCACCUUUGUGGACCUGUACUUCACCUACCUGGAGAUAAACCCUCUGGUGGUGACAGCCGACAAUCUGUACAUUCUGGAUUUGGCGGCUAAGCUGGACUCGACCGCAGACUUCAUCUGCCGUCCGAAGUGGGGCGAGAUUGACUAUCCGCCACCCUUCGGGCGGGAUGCCUAUCCCGAGGAGGCCUACAUCGCAGAUCUGGACGCCAAGAGCGGUGCUUCGCUCAAGCUGACGAUUCUCAAUCGUAACGGGCGCAUUUGGACGAUGGUGGCGGGCGGUGGCGCCAGUGUCAUCUACUCGGACACCAUUUGCGAUCUGGGUGGAGCCUCCGAGCUAGCCAACUACGGAGAGUACAGUGGAGCUCCUUCGGAGCAGCAGACGUACGAGUACGCCAAGACGAUCCUCAACCUGAUGACCUCCUCGCCCAAGCAUCCUGAUGGCAAAGUGCUGAUAACGGGAGGUGGCAUUGCCAAUUUCACCAACGUAGCGGCGACCUUCCAAGGCAUCAUCACCGCCCUGCGCGAGUUCCAGCCCAAGCUGGCCGAGCACAACGUUUCGAUAUUCGUGCGACGCGCUGGACCCAACUACCAGGAGGGGCUCAGGAGGAUGCGGGACUUUGGCAGCACCCUGGGCAUUCCACUGCACGUCUUCGGGCCCGAGACACACAUGACCGCCAUUUGUGGAAUGGCGCUGGGCAAGCGGCCCAUUCCCCAAGCGGCCAGUGUGGAGUUCUCCACGGCCAACUUCCUGUUGCCCGGUGGGCAGCAGGCCCAGGCGGAUCUCAAGGCGGCCAGCGAUGCCACCGAGGCCCUGGGCUCCGGUUCCGAUGAGGGCGACAGCGUUAGCGCCACCGGUGCUCAGCGCAAUGGGUCAAGUCUGAACCGCAAGUUCUUCUCCAACACCACCAAGGCGAUUGUGUGGGGCAUGCAGCAGCGGGCGGUGCAGUCGAUGCUUGACUUUGACUUCAUCUGCAGACGCGAUGAGCCCUCUGUGGUGGCCAUGGUGUAUCCCUUUACCGGCGACCACAAGCAAAAGUACUACUGGGGCCACAAGGAGAUCCUCAUUCCCGUAUACAAGAAGAUGUCCGAUGCCAUCCACAAGCACAAGGAUGUCGACGUUAUGGUCAACUUUGCUUCCAUGCGCAGCGCUUACGAGUCCACGCUUGAGGUGCUCGAGUUCCCCCAGAUCCGCACCGUGGCCAUAAUCGCCGAGGGCAUUCCGGAGAACAUGACCCGCAAGCUGAUCAUCGAGGCGGACAAGAAGGGCGUGGCCAUCAUUGGACCGGCCACCGUGGGAGGUGUUAAGCCCGGGUGCUUCAAGAUUGGCAACACGGGCGGUAUGCUGGACAACAUUCUGCACUCGAAGCUGUACCGUCCAGGCAGUGUGGCGUAUGUUUCCCGCUCCGGAGGCAUGUCUAAUGAGCUGAACAACAUCAUCUCGAAGGCCACCGACGGUGUGAUCGAGGGCAUCGCCAUUGGCGGUGAUCGCUACCCAGGCUCCACCUUCAUGGAUCACAUUCUGCGCUACCAAGCCGAUCCGGAGACCAAGCUGAUCGUGCUGCUGGGCGAAGUCGGUGGCACUGAGGAGUACGACGUGUGCGCCGCUCUGAAGGACGGACGCAUCACGAAGCCACUUGUGGCAUGGUGCAUUGGAACAUGCGCCAGCAUGUUUACUUCCGAAGUCCAGUUUGGCCACGCCGGAUCCUGCGCGAAUUCCGAUCGCGAGACGGCCACUGCUAAGAACAAGGGCCUGCGGGAGGCUGGCGCUUACGUUCCGGAUUCCUUCGACACGCUGGGCGAUCUCAUCCAUCACGUUUACGGUGAGCUGGUCAAAACUGGUCGCGUGGUGCCCAAAGAGGAGGUGCCGCCACCAACCGUGCCCAUGGAUUACUCGUGGGCCCGUGAGCUUGGCCUCAUCCGCAAGCCCGCCUCCUUCAUGACCUCCAUUUGUGACGAACGUGGCCAGGAGCUCAUCUACGCAGGAAUGCCCAUCAGCGAGGUGCUGAGCAAGGACGUCGGCAUCGGUGGCGUCAUUUCGCUGCUCUGGUUCCAGCGCUGCCUGCCCUCCUACGUGUGCAAGUUCUUCGAGAUGUGCCUGAUGGUCACUGCGGAUCACGGACCCGCCGUUUCUGGCGCCCACAAUACCAUUGUGUGCGCACGUGCUGGCAAGGACCUAGUGUCCUCAGUCGUCAGCGGUCUGCUGACCAUUGGCGAUCGCUUUGGAGGUGCUCUUGACGGUUCGGCCCGACAGUUCUCGGAGGCGUACGACACCAACCUGCACCCCAUGGAGUUCGUGAACAAGAUGCGCAAGGAGGGCAAGCUUAUUCUGGGCAUAGGUCACCGAGUAAAGUCGAUCAACAACCCGGAUGUGCGCGUCAAGAUCAUUAAGGAGUUCGUGCUGGAGAACUUCCCUGCUUGUCCGCUGCUUAAGUACGCCCUGGAGGUUGAGAAAAUCACCACCAACAAGAAACCGAAUCUUAUCCUCAAUGUGGACGGCGUGAUAGCCACCGCCUUUGUGGACAUGCUGCGCAACAGCGGCUCAUUUACCAGUGAGGAGGCACAGGAGUACAUCAAUGUGGGCGCCAUCAACUCGCUGUUCGUGCUGGGACGCAGCAUAGGAUUCAUUGGCCACUACAUGGACCAGAAACGACUCAAACAGGGCCUGUACCGCCACCCGUGGGACGACAUCUCCUACGUCAUUCCCGAGCAGUACAACUAGGCGGGCAGAUGGAGCCGCGACGAUGUUAUAUAUUUACGUAUAUACAAGCAUAUAUUAUUCGGAAGUUGUUGUAGUUAAGCACAGAUACAGAUGUAUGAUGUUAGGCAAAGAGGUCACCCGCUCCGCUGGCUGGAAGGAUCCAUCCCGGUUAAUCCGCGCAUGUACCUCACCCCAGUUCUUCCCUUCCCCUCUCACACCUAACCUGCAUUUAAAGUUCUUAAGUUACCAUCAUUACCCUCGUUGUUUUUGUAAGUGGUGUCGCGUGUUUCGGAGCCCCUUUGGGGUUUUGGAAUCUAUAGACCUAGUGAAAUCUAGAGCUCCGGGCCGCACAACACAACCCAGCAUAACACUAUUUGAUACUUUUAUACUUUAGUUUGGAUGCUCACAAUUGUCUAGCCAACAAGAGAAUAAAUUGUUGCAAAAGCUUA